AUGAUAGCGGCGUUAAUUGACUGCCAGCACAAGGUUCCCGAUACGGUGACGGCCGCACAAAUCCUCUACAGGUUAUUGUAUAAAUCUCAGUUGCAAUGUCUCGCACCAUGUUAUGAUUUACAAGAAGGUCGAAUUCCAAUACCUAGGUAUGAUCGGGAUGGGACGUCCUCGAGAUCCCCCAGCUCUCAUUUCUCGCUUCCACCGCCAAUCCGCAUAAUCCCUCAGACAGACGCAUUCCAGGCGCUAAGGCUUACUCUCGGUCCCCCUAUUCGUCAUUUCAAUCUGACAGCCAUGUGUAUAGACGCUCGCGUCAAAUCUAACACUUGCGGCUGCUCCAGCGCGGCUGCUCCAGACUUCCUGCGACCUUUUCUCAGCCUUAAUUGGCUCCAUGCCCGGCGAUCAUGUUUUAAGACCUAA